UUUUUUUAUUUUAUUUUUUUUUAUAUUGUCAUUUUUAUCAGCAAUUACUAUGGAUGAACUUAUUCCUAUUUUUAUGAAAAUUGGUCUAUCUGAACAAAAGGCCAAAGAUACUGCCAAGAACAAAAAGUUAGCACCUACUUUAGAAGCUGUCAUCGAUGAAGCCAAGGUACGAGAAACUGGCUGCGACAAGGAUAUUGGCAAUCUAUUAUACAACUUGGCUUCUACUAUUACCAAAGAAGCUCAAUCUCACCGUACUUUUAUUGUUAACAAGAUCAUCAAAGGCGAUUUGAAAUCAACUGAUCAAGUGGCUGCUGCUAUUAAGUUUGUAGAAGAGUUGGAUACUAUUGAUGAAACCGCAUUCAAUGAAGCAUCUGGCGUUGGGGUGGUGAUCACACCAGAAGAAAUCAAACAAACUAUUGCCGAAUAUAUCGAAACCAACAAGGAAAACAUUGUCAACAAUAGAUACAAGACAUUAGGUCCUUCUUUAGCUGCUGCUCGCAAAUUACCAAAUCUCAAGUGGGCUGAUGGUGGGUUGACUAAGACUGAAUUGGAAGCACAAUAUUUGGCAUUACUUGGUCCCAAGGAUGAACGUGAUGUACCUCAAAAAAAGAAGAAGGAACCCAAAGCCAAGAAGGAAGUCAAGGAUGCUAAUACUACAAAAGAUGCCACUGAAUCUACUGAAACCAAACAAGAUCCUACGAAAAUGUUCUUUGAAGGUGAAUUGGCCAAAUUACAUAAACCUGGUGGCAAUAAACAAAUCAAACCUGAACUUAUGGAACAACAUUUGAAAGCAACUGGUGGAAAAGUAAUGACUCGAUUCCCUCCUGAACCCAAUGGUUACCUUCAUAUUGGACAUGCAAAGGCUAUCAAUGUCAGUUUUGGUUAUGCUAAAGCAUACGAUGGUUUAUGUUAUCUUCGAUAUGAUGAUACCAAUCCUGAAGCUGAAGAAGAAAAGUACUUUACCUCUAUCUUGGAAACUGUUCGUUGGCUUGGCUUUGAACCUUGGAAAAUCACCUAUUCAUCUGAUUAUUUCCAAGAACUUUUUGAUUUGGCUAUCAAAUUGAUCAAGAGUGGACAUGCUUAUACUUGUCAAUGUACUGGAGAAGAAAUCCAUGCUUCUCGUGGUGGUGAUGAAGGAGGACCUCGUGUGGCUUGUGUACAUCGUGAACGACCUAUUGAAGAAACUUUGGAUCAAUUUAUCAAGAUGAAGGAAGGACGUUACAAGGAAGGAGAAAUCACUCUUCGAAUGAAAAUGGAUUUGGAAAAUGGCAAUCCUCAGUUCUGGGAUUUGAUCGCUUACCGUGUAUUAUAUACACCUCAUCAUCGUACUGGCUCCAAAUGGUGUAUUUAUCCUACCUACGACUAUACCCAUUGUUUGGUUGAUUCUAUGGAAAAUAUCACUCACUCUUUAUGUACAACUGAAUUCAGACAAUCUCGUGAAAGUUAUUAUUGGUUGGUGGAUGCUCUUGAAGUAUACAAGCCUGUGCAAUGGGAAUAUGGAAGACUCAAUGUGACUGGUACCAUCAUGUCCAAGCGAAAGAUUCUCAAUAUGGUUAAUCAAGGUCAUGUUCAUGAUUGGGAUGAUCCUAGAUUGUAUACCCUUGUUGGCAUUAGACGACGUGGUGUACCUCCUCAAGCCAUCAACAACUUUGUUCUCGAAUUAGGUGUAACAACCAACAAAACAGUGAUUGAUGUUUUACGAUUUGAUGCCAAGACACGUGAAUAUCUGGAUAACACAACUCCUCGAUUGAUGGCAAUUACUGAACCUUUGAAGGUGGUUUUGAAGAAUUUACCGGAUGAUUACCUGGAAGAAGUGAUUGUACCCAACAAACCACGGGAUCCUAGCAUGGGUGAAGUCAAGGUACCUUUUACCAAGGUGUUGUACAUUGAUCGUUCUGAUUUCCGUGAAGAAGAUUCAAAGGAUUAUUACCGUUUGACCCCUGGCAAGUCUGUUGGUUUGUUGCACUUGAAACAUCCUGUACGAUUUGUAGAAGCCAAGAAGGAUAGUGAAGGAAACAUUCAAGAAUUGGUAUGUGAAUAUGAAAACGAUGUGGCUUUCAAGAAACCCAAGACAUAUAUUCACUGGGUGGCCGAAUCACCCGCUCACAAUUCACCUGUAGCCUUGGAUGAAGUACGAUUAUAUCAAGCACUUUUCAAACAUGACAAUCCUGAUCGAGUGGAAGGUGGCUAUCUCAAAGAUAUCAAUGAAAACUCAUUACACGUGGUCAAAGGGGCUAUUGCAAAUGUGGGUAUCUACGAUCAUAUUGCCGAUUGGAUCAAGAAGACUGGAGGCAAGGAUAAGGAAAGCAUGCGAUGGCAAUUCGUGCGUACUGGUUACUUUUGUUUGGAUUGGGAUACAGAAAUUGAUUUGGAAGCUUUCUCAAAACAUGGUAAUAUCAAGGAUGCUAUUGGUCGCUUGGUGAUGAAUCGUACUGUGACUUUGAAGGAAGAUAAUGGCAAAUCAUCCUAAGUUUAGAUAUAGAUAAAUAGUUAUAGCUUGAUCUAGUUUUUUUUUUUUUUUUUCUGUUAGGUUGUG